CCUCCUUGUACAAUGUCCAGGGAAACCUUCCCCUUCACUGCGGCCACCCUACGCUCCCUACAAUGGCAGAGGGAACAGCUGGAGUACGAGGACCGCAGGAGGGCCGUGAACCGGCAAUGUCUCACCCGCAGGCUACAGACCGGCCGAAGCGCUUUUCAACCCCCAGCUAGCCAGCGGCGCCACUACUGCCGGGACACUGCCAUCCACAACGCCCUGUACACUGGCGACAUGGAGAGGAUUAAGGUCAUAUUCAAAGAACAGGACUCGGCAGAAGUGGUGGUGGAGACGGUCAGCGAAGAGCUGCAGUGGUCCCCGGACAUAGGUCUCUUCUCCUUAAUACCUAAAAAGUCUCACACCACCCCACUGCGUAUCACCGCCGCUCGAGGAUAUUCAGAGUGCGUGCGCCACUUGAUAUGCCACGGCGCCAACCCCAAUUCUACCGUGGGAGGAAGGGGAGCACUGCAUGACGCCUGCGAGGGAGCGCACACUGAGUGUACCCAGCUGCUGCUGAGCCGUGGAGCCGACCCCAAUCUCCAGAGCGAAGACGGGCAGCUGCCCCUCCACUUCUGUACCAUAAAGGACACUCUGGAAUGUGCAAAGCAACUGCUGGAAUAUGGUGGUAUUGUGAACCUUCCCUGCCAUAACACCCGUGCCAUGCCACUGCAUGUGGCGGCCACCCGCGGUCUGGAAGCCCAUGCAGCGUUGUACUUGAGCCUUGGCGCUGACCCUCGUGCCCUCAAUCGUGAGGGAGAGACACCCGUUAAUGCAGCCUGUGCAGCCGGCGAAUCCCCACAGCACUUUGGGCGAUACCUCAGGGUGGUAGAGAUGCUACUGAAAGCAGGGGGUAAUGCUGGCACUCCUGGGAAGAAAGGCCAUGGGCCCCUGCACAAUGCCAGCUCCAACUGCCAUCUCAAGCUGGUGCAGAUGUUACUCGAUCAUGGGGCAUCUGUCAAUGUGAUCAACAGCGCUGGGUAUACGCCACUGGACUGUGCACUGCAGGUGUGCACUGAUUACCCUGAGUGUCAGCCCCAUCAGUUGGUACAGACAUUACUCAACCAUGGCUCAGUGCCCCCUAGUGUCAAGAUGUGGAGGUACUGUGCGGCAUCACCCCUGACCUUUGAGAUCCUCCUCAACGCCUACGAUCGUAUCCCGCCAGGUGACAUCUGGAUAGCAGCUGUGCCCUCUUCAGUGUGGGAGGAACAUCAGACUUUAUAUGAAUCCAUCUCAGAAGUUUCAAAUCAACCCCGGCGCCUUCAGCACCUCGCUCGCUGUGCUGUCAGAAGUCGAUACGGUAGCCUAUGCUACAAAGCGAUUCUAGAUCUUCAAUUACCCCCGGCGCUGACGGCGUAUCUUCUUCUGCAGCCGGAGGGCAGUAUCCACUAA